UAUGCGCAUUGUUAUUGUCAUCACUAUUGCAUUGACAUUGUUGCUGUGCGCUGCGUUUUAAUUAUUUUUCAUUGCGUUUGUUGCUGUUUAAUUGGGUAAGAAAUGAAAAUUUACAAACAGAAACUGCGCGACGUGUGGCUGCAAAUGGAGGAGUUCCGGGCGUGGUUGCGCCGGGAUCCGGACGACUCCUACCGGGCGCACUGCCGCUUCUGCAAGUGCUGCGUUAACACCAAAAUCAGCGAUCUGCGUGCCCAUGCGGCGACCAAGAAGCACAUGAAGCACCUGGACCUGAAGACCUCCAAUCUGCAUAAGAACACAGACGAAAUGCACAGGUCUCCGGCCAGCAGUUCCAGCGCCACUCCAUACAAAGUCAAAGUGAAGGCCCAGCCCAAAACUGCCACGGUGAAGAAGGAGAAGAUCAGGGCCUCGGACCAGUCCGUGGACUACGAGCAGAUCAUCGAGAACCUGGCCCUGUACGAACCGGAGCAGGUGAUGUUCUCCAGUUGCUCCUUGACCGGCGGCGGCGGUGAGCAGCGGCUGGAUGAUGAGGUCGAAGGCGAGGGCGAGGUGUCCAACAUUAGUAUCAUUGACGAGGACAUGGUCAACAAGGCGGUGGCCAAUGCCCUUCGCAACCAAAAGGACACGUCGCAGAUUUUCGGCGACUUUGUGGCCGACCGACUCCGUCAGUUGAACGCCGACGCCUCCGAAUUCGCCAAGGACAAAAUCAUGAAGGUAAUUUUGGAGGCCGCUUCCAUCGAUCGGGCUCCCACCUACAAUUAAUACAAAACGCAUAUAUAAUUAGAUUUUAAUAUUGACUAGAGUUUGAAUAAAACAUGAAUUGUACAAUUAUGAUAUAUUGAA